AGAAGAAAUUUUAAAAACUAACCUAAAAUUUUAAACGUCAAAAUAAAGCGAACAAAACAGAAAUUAUGUCUUCUCCGGCUCCAAAAUCUCCCGAACAGAACGAGAAAAGCAAGAAAUACGACCGUCAACUCAGACUAUGGGGCGAUCACGGACAGAAAUUACUAGAAAACUCGAAAGUUUGCCUUAUAAAUGCCACCGCUUUGGGCACCGAGAUAUUAAAAAGCCUUAUUUUACCAGGGAUUGGUUCGUUUACGAUUGUGGAUGGCGAAAAAGUGUCCGAGGAAGAUAUAGGAUCGAAUUUUUUCCUUGAAAAUGAUUCUGUUGGAUUACCCCGAGCUCACGUAGCUACGCAGUGCUUAUUAGAACUGAACCCAGAUGUUCGAGGGGAUUACAUAGACGAAUCUGCGGAGCAUAUUAUUUCGAACACACAGAAUUUUUUCAAGAACUUCGAUGUAGUCAUUGCAACGGCAGUCCACGAAAAAGUUCUAUUGCCUCUGUCCAAACAUCUCUGGGAAUGCGACGUGCCCCUAGUCGUGUGCCACAGCAUCGGCUUUCUCGGCUACAUAAGACUCCAAAUCAAAGAACACACGGUUAUCGAGGCCCAUCCGGACAGCGAAAGCCCCGACCUACGUCUGGACAAACCCUGGACAGCCCUGAAAGGAUAUCUGGACAGCAUCAACAUAGAACAGCUGGAUCAAAAGGAAAAAAGUCACGUACCCCCUCUGGCGAUAUUGCAUUAUUAUUUAACCAAGUAUAAGAACAGUCAUAACGGGGCUUUACCCAGUAAGAGAGCGGAGAAGGAAGUUUUGAAGCAAAUGAUCAGGGACAGCGGUCAUUCAGAGGAGGGGAAUAACAGGUUUAUUUUGGAGGAGAAUUUUGAACAGGCCUUGCAUUACGCUAACAGUUGUGUCACUCCGAGACCCAUCCCUGAUCAUGUUAAGGCAAUCUUGGAUGACGAUUCAUGUACGAACUUGACGCAAAACAGUUCGUCCUUCUGGAUAAUGAGCGCUGCACUAAGGGAGUUGGUUCAGGCCGAAGGGGAACUACCGGUAAAGGGUACUCUACCCGAUAUGGCCGCGGACACGUUAAGCUACGUGACUCUGCAAAAUAUUUAUAGAAAAAGGGCAGAGCAUCACGCAGAGAGCGUGUACAGGCGUGCUCAGCAAAUCGCUAGGAAUUUGGGGUUGCCUCAAGAUUGGGUUACCGAAAGUGAGGUGAAGUAUUUCUGUAAACACGCCAGCGAACUGCACGUAAUACGCGGUAGUUGCAUAGCAAACGAGUACCAAAAAUCGAAUUUAGAUUUAUCUUCAUAUCUAGAAGACCCAGACUGCCUCAUAUUCUACUACAUCAUUUUGAGAGGCCUAGAAAGAUUUAUUAGCGAAUAUAACGUUUACCCAGGCCAGCUAGACGACCAAGUCGAACCAGACCUGCUAAAACUGAAAGGAAUCAUUGGGAAAUUGCUCAAUGAAUGGGGAUAUUCCCAUGUAUUAAGGGACGAAAGGGUUCAUGAGGUUUGUAGGUAUGGAGGGGCUGAACUUCAUUCAGUUUCGGCCAUUUUGGGAGGCUGUGCGGCGCAAGAAGUUAUAAAAAUAAUCACUCAUCAAUAUAAACCCUUAAAUAAUACGUUUAUUUAUGACGCUAUCAAUACUACAUCGGCUACAUUUUGUCUAUAAAGAAUUACUAGUCCCAGAUACGCUUUACGAAUUAUAAUUAUUUCAUAAAACCUAUUUUACAUAAUAACUUUUUGUCAAUAAUUGUUAUUUUUUGAUCAAUAAAAUAGAAAAGUUCUAAA